AUGACUGGCUCGAUUUCACACAUUGCCAAAUGGCUCAUCAUCACCACGCUCGUCACGGGUUCCAGAGCGUCUGAUGAUGGCGACGACUUUUCCAAUAAUCUAUUUUCUGACCUGGCGCCACUAUUGGCGCUUUUUGGAGAACGAGUGACAAUGCAAUUCAUGAGCCAAUCUACAGGGUGGGCUGACAACAUAAUUUUGGCCAUGGCACCCAUUGGAAUAAUUACUGCUAUUGUCGCUUCUAUCCGUGUUGGCGGGCCCCCGUGGCUCAAGGCUGUCAUCGGAAGAGCUAGAGAGAAUUUAGCAGUUUCUGAAGUUGAGUUGAUGUCUUCGACGUCAAAGGAAGUCUGCGAGGUCUGGAAUGGCCAAGAAGUGGUUCGAUGCAUGGGCUUAGCCCCAGUGGUAGAAUUCAUAUGCCUACUACAUUACGCCAAUACCAGGCCGUCUGAAAGCAAGUCCGCACCUGAGAUUGAGGUACUUAAGCUAGAAGAAGCAAUCGCAAAGGGAUAUAUCAAGGACCUCGAUGGCGAUGAAAAGCCUCAAACAGCUUCGACCUGUGAAGGUGACGAAGAACAAGCAAACCCGACUCCCAAUGCCUGCCCCACGACGGGAUCUGAGUCGGCGUCAACUUCAGAAAAAACACUCCAAAAGAUCUGCAUUAUACGAGACACAUCUGGGGACUCGCCUAACAUUAUCUUGAACUGUCAUCCCUCAGCUAACAGAAGCGAACUUUGGCUAUUCGCAGUCUUUGGAACUUGUCUUCAGCUUGGAGUCCUUGCAUACUCUGGGUUUCCAACAUACCACCCGGCUUUGAAGUUCCAAAAGGACGACAAACCCAUCGAAUCCUAUGCAUAUCCAUGCACUGCAAUAGGCACGCUGGUGUUGGUUCUUGGAAUGUUAUUGUGUGGCCAUGUCGUGGAGAGUAGUACCGACGAAAAAUGGUAUGAGGCAGCUGCUGGGUGGAAGACACGAAUGGUCUGGCUACAACAGACCAAAACUGUCAGUGAUCAGGUUUUCAACUCCUACAUGGUCUAUCCUAAAGAUGACCGACAGACCAUCACUACUUCGAGACGAUCCAACAAACACGGCAAAAACCGUUCUACUACUCACACUGGCUCCAACUCGGCUGGAGAUGAUGACCCUUCUACAUUUCUCAAUUUAAUUACGAUAAUUGGCACAACAAUCACGUUAUGCGGUUUCGUGCUUCAGUUUGUUGGUCUUCGUGGGAUGCAUUGGUCAGCGUCAAUCGCUCAGUUAGGUGCGGUUCUGGUGAUGGUAGGUGUUAAGGCUUGGGUCCGUCGUGGACUUGCAACAUCACCUGCCUGCGAGCCUUUGCCUUCUGGAUUCGAGCUCGACUGGUUCACGAGAACUUUAGGUGAGACUAAUACAGAGGCUUGGGGUGGUCAUAAUCGCGGAGAUAGCUCUAUUGGCGCUAAACUUGCAAGCAAUACAGAGUCUCCUAGCAACAAGUGGAAUGUUGUUACUGGUGGGAGGUCAUCAUUGGAAGGUUUUGAGCAAUUUGAGGGGCAUAAUUCUGAGUCCAGUGAUGGGAGUAUUUCUGAGCAAUGCCAGACAUCCGCUCCCCAACACAUCGAAGAAUGCGUAAUUAACGCCUAG